AUGGAGCCGGGGGAAGUUGAACCCAGCAGCAACCAGGUCACCAAGCUCUCCACCACGGAAACCCGAGCUCCCGAGCCUGCCCGGGGGGCUCUCCCUACGGCAAACGACUCUGGUCCCGGGUCUCCCGUCGCCUCUCGAGACCUCUUCGGGGGACUCGGGCCUCCGAGACACGCGGCCCGGAGCUCGCCGCUCGUCUGCCCCCGCUUCGCGAGGGCCCCCAACGCCUGGCCCGCCCGGCCCGAAGCCGGCAGGCCCGUCACCAGGCAACAGUCGCCAGCCUGGGCGGCCCUGGGAGGCCUACUCCGGGCGCGACUCCUUCCCUAUUCCCCCCAGGAUGGCCUCAGUAGCCCAGGCGAGAGCACUGCCGGUGAGAGAAGUCGCUCGGAGCAGGCGACCGGUCACUCACCUCUUCCCUCUCCUCUCGGGAGGGGCGGUGCAGGUGUUCGAUACCUCCGCCCCCCUAAACACCACCUGGCCGUUCCUGCUCAGCCUCAGAGCCUGGCCGCCGCCGUUGGUUUACUCCAUAGCCUCCGCCACCCCCGCGGCCGCAAAGGCUGGAGCCGGAGGGAGGAGGAAGGGGGGAGGGGAGGGGAGGGACUGGGGACCAAGAAGUCAGGUGGGGGCGGAGUUGCGGAGCCGGGGGAGGAGCCGGCGCGCUCGCUUAAGGCGGUUCUUUUGACUCCACAGUUCCGUAGCCGGAGCAGCCGGGACGAACUUCCCGGCCCAGCGCUGAGCGGGCCGAGUUUCGUGAGCCUUAAUGGUUGCUUCUGCCAGAAGAGGAGGACAGGAUGCUCUGGUCCUUUUCAAGCUACUCAGCUAUGGGGUGGUAUUAUUCACUCCCUUCAAACCCAAGUGGAAAUAAAAAGGAAGCAUCAUUUAUGAACAUACAAAGACUGUUUUACUAGUUCUGAUGUUGUAGAUUUAGCAUUUAGUCAUCUUACGCAAAAUACGUGCCUAAGUAGCAAUGACAUCUCUCGUCUUAAAGGAGUUUGUCUUUUCCAAGUUCUAAUGGAUCAUAAAGUCUUUGAACUGGCAGGAAUGAAGAUAUUCAAAAAUGAAAAGGAGCUGGAAUUUGAAGAUUACAACAAUAGUCUCUACAGGUUUCUAGGCAAUAAAUUAUCUUACGUUUGUUGCAAAAGAAAAAAUAAUGCUGAGAAUGGGUUAAUUGAUGAAAUAAGAGCAAAAGAACCUUUAAGACCAGAAGAUGAAAUUAUUUCAAAUCCUCUAGCACAAGAGAUCAGUGAGGAAAGAACUGAGGAACUUAUUCAUACAAUGAGUGAGAAUCCUGCUUUACCUCCAAAGAUUACAGUUAACAAACCUGUUCUCCAUCUUUCAAAAGAAAUUUCGUUCCUGUCAGCAAUUACAUCAGACAAGACAGCUGUGGAGGAUAUUUGGAAACAACAGAAAUUGUUACAUAUUCUUCAAUUAAUUCACCUUCUAUUCCUGGGAAAGUUGGAGCUUCCAGUUAAAACACAAAAUCUUCAGUUAAAUAAAGAGCAAUAAGAUCUUGUUAUCUCUAACACUCGCCUAGACAGAGAGGUUAUUCCAAGCUUACAUCUGCCCGAGAUUGAUAACUGGCUUAAUGCAGCAAUUGAAUGCUUGGAAUAUUUCCCUGAACUUACAGUUAGUCAGCAGUUGGUGCAAAACAGAAAUGAAGAGACAAGACUAAAUAUUCAGAAGAAUAUACUCUUUGAUGUCGGUAAAUACUAUAAUCCAGAGAGAGAUUGCCUACUAACUGAUGAAUAUUUUGAUAUUCAUUCAGGAAUUAUUGAACUUUUAGAAAAUAAGAACAGAAACACUGAAGCAAUACAGCUGUAUCUAAGAUUACUGUUGCCCAACAUCAAAGAAGAAUUAAAAAGACUAGUUACAUUUGUGGCUAUCAUAUCAGAACCUAAUGCCUACAAGUUGCAAAAACAGUAUAAUAACAAAACAGUCCUCCUGAAAACUCUUGGAAAAGCAGUUUUGCAAAACAAAUCAUUAUUAAAAGUAUGGGCAGAACAACUGGUCUGGUUUCUACUGGAGUAUCACACAGCUCUUCAAGGCCUUCUACCACCUACCUUCUCCCCAUCUGCAGUUCUCUUCCCCUACGCAUUGAUACUGGUUACUUUGCUAGAUCUGGUUACUAAGAAACUUAAGAACCUUCUACAUGGAGAAGAUCCAGAUGCCAUAUCAGGCUUCAUAUUUUGCCAACCCUUGACGUACAAGGAGUUUGAAAAACGAAAGGGAAGGACAAUUCAAUAUCUUCACCAGUUGGCUCUUGAGAUUGAUUAUAACCCCAGCAUCUCUUUGAAAGAAAAAAAGAAGUUAAUUAAGGAAUUUCAAAAACACCAUCUGGAAGCUUUGAAUUAA